UGAACCCGAACCCAAUCCAUCCUAAGCGGUAGCCGCACUCUCACUCUUCCCGCCAGGCCACCACCAUGGCCGCCGCCGCCGCCGCCAUCUCCUUGCCCCAUUCUCUCUCCCCUCCCUUUCAAGCCACCCGCCGCCGCCCAGCGCCGCCCGCCUGCACGCACACCGAGCGCGGCGUCUCCUUCGACCCCGGCUCCGCCUUCUACCGCAGCGACAGCGCCGCGGGCCGCGACCUCGCCGUCCUCGCGGCCACCCUCCACCGCCGCCACGGCCGCCUCGACCCCUCCGCCCCAUUCCUCUGCCUCGACGCGAUGUGCGGCUGUGGCGUCCGCGCGCUCCGCUACCUCGCGCAGGUCGGCGCCGACUUCGUCUGGGCCAACGACGCCUCCGAGGCGCUCCGCCCCGUCAUUGUCGCCAACCUCUCCCGCUUCGAGCGGGGUUCGCCGCCGGCGGAGGCGGGGCGCAGGAGGUGGGUCGUGUCGCACAACGACGCCACCCGGCUGCUGGCGGAGCGGUACCUCCGGCGCGAGUACUUCGACGUCAUCGACGUGGACUCGUUCGGCGGCGACGCCGCGUACGUAAGGGCGGCGCUCUUGGCGCUCAAGAUUGGGGGCCUUCUCUACCUGACGUCCACGGAUUGGCGGUCUGCGAGAGGGUAUGGUUCGAGAAGCUCUCUGUCUUCAUAUGGAGCAUAUGUUCGUCCAAUGCCAUAUCCGAAUGAGGUCGGUUUGCGAAUGGUUAUAGGUGGUGCUGCAAGAGAAGCAGCUCUUCUUGGAUUUCACAUAACACCAGUAUUCUCCUAUUUUGCAUAUCACGGCCCUAUUUAUCGAGUGAUGGUAAAACUAUGCAAUGGAAAAGAUGAUGGCAUCAGUAAUUAUGGCUUCAUUUGUCAUUGCAAGAGUUGUGGCCAGUCUCAGACUUUUGGAUUUGAUGAGCUGGGGCAGAUUUCAUGUGGCUGUACAUACAGAACAGAUGCCGAUUCAAUAUCUGUUGUAGGCCCUCUAUGGACAGGUCCCCUCCAUGAUGCCUCUUUCCUUGCUGAAAUGCUAAGCUUGGCUAAUGAAUGGGGAUGGGCAUACACAAGUGAGAAUGGUGUCACUUUGGAAAAACUUCUCAGCACAAUGAUUGAGGAGAGUGACCCACAGCUGCCUCCAGGAUAUAUAAGACUUGAUGAGAUUUCGAGACGGGCAAAAGUUAACUCUCCACCACUCGGUACCCUCAUCAAUUCAUUGCGAAAGGAAGGUUUUUCAGCUUGUCGAUCUCAUAUAGGUACAAAUGUAAUCAAGACCAACUGUCCAAUUGCUUCUUGCAUGGAUGUGGCACGUGAGAUCCGAAACAUGCGAUGAAUGCCAACUGUAUUCUUUGUGAUUCACCAAGUAGAAAGUUCCUUUGCUCGUUGGUUGCACAAAUGCAGCUGUGAGAUGAGCACUUCUUCCAGAUUCAGAGGGGAACCUUUCACUGUGGCAGUAGUUGAAAGGCAGCUUUUUUUGCUCACAAGCAACACCAUAACCCGUCCGUCUUCUUGAGCUACACAAGCAUGCUCAGCUGUGGGUGUCCUGUUGUUUCAUUGUUUGCAAAUGUUUGUGGUAGGCAUCCGUAGUUCACAUUACUGUUUUCCUUUUCUCUUUUCUUUAUUCUUUGAUGACACAGAUGAUGUAGAACCUUAGGCACUUUGGCAGUAUGAGCAUUUUUCUUAAAACACCAA